GUUUCCGUUGGCUCCUGACUAGGAGCAGAGAGACUGUAGGGGUUGGGCCCAAAGUGGAGAAAUGGCGAGAAUGGUGGACGAGAGCGGGUGUAGAGAGGAAUUACAAAACCAUGAGCAGCAGGGACCUUGUGGGGGUGCGGCGAGAUGGGGACCACAACACGCUGGUGCCCGAGAAUUGGCCGAUUUAUAUUCGCCAGGCAAAAGAUGUCAAGAGUGGAUUAGUGUUGUCCUCUGCUUCUCUCUCAUGGCCUUCAAUUUCAUUCACCUCCUUGCCAAUUUCCACCUAGGACAUUUGUGGUACAUCCUUAUGGGGAUUGCGGCAGGAAUCCUCACUGCAGACUUUGCGUCAGGCCUUGUUCACUGGGGGGCUGACACAUGGGGAUCAGUGGAUCUCCCCAUUGUUGGAAAGGCCUUUAUACGACCCUUUAGAGAGCACCACAUUGACCCCACAGCCAUCACUCGCCAUGACUUCAUUGAGACCAAUGGCGACAACUGCAUGUUAACCAUCAUCCCUCUCAUCAACAUGGCCUUCAACUUCCACACACUCUCCCCUGCGGAGAUCUACCAUAUCUACCCGUGGUACUGCUACCUGUUCGCACUAGGCAUCUUUGUGACACUCACCAACCAGAUUCACAAGUGGUCUCACACGUAUUUCGGCUUGCCUGGCUGGGUGAUGUUACUGCAGGACUUGCACAUUAUCCUUCCCCGCAAGCACCACCGCAUCCAUCACGUCUCCCCACACGAGACAUACUUCUGCAUCACGACAGGUUGGCUCAACUACCCCCUGGAGAAGUUGGGCUUCUGGAGGAACCUGGAGGAUCUCAUCCAGGGCAUCACAGGAGAGAAGCCCAGGGCAGAUGAUCUCAAAUGGGCUCAUAAAGUCAAGUAAUGCCACAGGUUAACAUCACCCUACCUCAGAAGACGCUGGAUCCGUCCAGGCUUCUCAUCCCCCUUUUUUCCUCAAUGUAAACCAUCUGAAGAAAAACUAACAGGUUUUGAUGCCAUAGCUUUGACUCUUGCACAUUUUGUCUGCUUUUCAAGACGAUUUUUUCAUUACACAUCAUGGAGAUGUUCAUUUCAAACUGCAAUGUAUUUCUUAACUCUCAUCUAGAGCAAUAAUUUCUCACUCUUUGCAAAGAGGUCAGAUCACUUUCUAGUGUUUCUUCUCACUUCAGAAAAAAAUGAAACCAGGAAAACGAGCCUCAGAUGUUCAUUUGGAUUAUAUUUAGCACUGGCUUACUUCAGUGAUAUAAUUAAAUAUCUAAUCAAAUAUCUAUUUGAUGCUCACAAAGAUUAUUAUUAUAGUGGAAAGAAAUGUAACUGGAGAGAAACAAGAAAGCUUUCCUGUUAUGGAUAGUGAAAGAACAAAUUGAUGAAUAACUACUGUUACAUUUGUUGACCACAAGCACUUUUUUUUUUUACAUUACAUUGUCAUUCUGAUGUCUAAUCAAUAUUAAUAGUUGUUUCCAGCCUUCAGCUUUAAACACACUUACAGCCAUGUUUAAUGGUGGCUUGACCAAGAUAUUGAAAAAAUAAAUAGUUAAACCUGAACGCAAAAAUCAGUGGCGGGAUGCUUAACAUCAGGUCAGAAACCAAAAGGAAUAAAGAGAAAUCACAUUCAAAUUACCUGCUGUGUUAAUGACGAGUCAUCUUCUGGAUUCAGUCCAUUGCUUACUUCAUCCAUUGAAGAAAACUGCAUAUUCAGGAAGUUUUGCGUUGCCACUCUUUUUUUUUUUUUUGUCACAUUGGGGGAAAAAAACAAAAACACAUUGGCCACAAUUUUAGGUAUAAUAUAGAAGACAACUCUUCUUUUCAAACAUACUUUUUAGUUUUUGAUCUCACUCAGAGGGAUAAUAGUUCAUGAUAAUAAGUGGGUGUUGUACAUUUUUUAAAUAAGAACAUGCCAGUCAUUUAAAUGAAGCCUAGUUCAGCGCCACAAAAAAAAUAACCUCAGCAAAUAUGCAUAAACUUGAAUAUUAAAAACAAUUAAAAUGACUUAUUAUUCUUGUUGUGAAGGAGUCACAUUUGAUUGUACCUAAUUGGGUGGCCUGAGUGUUAAUGUUCGGAGUCUGUCAGGUUCAUAAUCUCUUCACAUGACUUUGCGGUCGGGGAAGAGGCGCAAGCAGUUUUGUCAAGCUGCCUUACACUGCACAGAUGCAGAUUGUUUGUGUUUUUGUUGUUUGGCUUCACUGUGUAUGUUAAGAUCCUGUUUGGUGUCUUGCAGUUACUCACACACUCAUGCUAAUGUUGACAUGAGGUCUAUUCCACACAUCAUCAUUUUUUAAAAUGUGUGUAGGGGAUGUAUUUGUGUGCACAACAUUCCUGUCUGUGUGUAGUUGUGGCAAGUGGACGGGGUGGCAUUACAAGGGCUUACAAGGGUGAUGAUGGUGAGCCAGGAGUUUCUUCACUCUUACAGAUGAGAUUAUGUAAUUUAGUGGCUGGUGGUUUGUUUUUAAAUGCUUUUGUGAGUAAUUUGUGUGUUGUACAGCAAAUAACUAUGCAGUGUGAUAACAGCCUCUUAACUUUGUCUUAAUGCGUCUGAUUAGUCUAAUGCCUUCGGUGAAGCCUUUACAGUCAUUUGCAAAAGUGUUUGACAAAAGAAAUUAACAAAGAAACAUCAAAAUUGUGCGUCAUCAUCCUCCCCCUUUAGUUUGUUGAACACAGACGCUGAUUAGGGAGGAAUGAGGGAGUGCUGCGCUCAACAGACCUUCAACGUUGACCCAACGGACUGAGGAUUGAACUACCUAAAUUAUGUCUUCAUUCGGAGGGAAAUCCUGGCAGGCAACCAGGUUAAAAGGCUUGAUUGUUGUGCUUCCGAUAGUCUAAGUAAGUACCGUAGGCAGUUUAGGGAUAGUGACAUCUACUAUAAGGCCACAAUUAUCUUUUUAUACUACGGAAUAUUCCAAUUUUUAAUCCAUUAAACUUGAUUAUAUGGAAUUUAGGGUGGCAGCAGAAACACAUACUUCAAUUCUCAAUUUCUGUUUGUGUUCUAGUUCUAUUAGGAUCAUUGUAAGUGGACAUAAUAAAACAACACAAUUUCUGAGAUAUUUAUGGUCACACCAAUUCUGCUGCAAACUUUCUUCAGUGUAGAUCAACAGCAAAAGAACACACUUACAUUUCAUAGUGCUUGUAGAGUAUUGUGAAAAUCAGUUUUGUGUGCACUUUGUAGUUAAAACGCAAUGCUGCUGGUUGUUUAGAGAUGUUGCAUCAGUAUUAGGAACACAAAGAUGUUUCUUUUGGAGGCUUCAGUGUUUUAGUGAUGAUAUCAAAGACAUUUAGAGGAGGUUUUGUGUUAUUUGGUGCUACAACUUUGAACGACUAUGACAUUCAUUUGGGGCCGCACGGUGGUCUAGUGGUUAGCAUGUUGGCCACACAGUCACAGUCAGGAGAUCGGGAAGACCUGGGUUCGAAUCUCUGUUGGGCAUUUCUGUGUGGAGUUUGCAUGUUCUCCCCGUGCGUGCGUGGGUUUUCUCCGGGUACUCCGGUUUCCUCCCACAUUCCAAAAACAUGCAUGUUAGGUUAAUUGGCGACUCUAAAUUGUCCAUAGGUAUGGAUGUGAGUGUGAACGGUUGUUUGUCUAUAUGUCCAGGGUGUACCCCGCCUGUCGCCCAAAGUCAGCAUACCCUUGCGACUCUAAUGAGGAGAAGCGGCAUAGAAAAUGGAUGGAUGGACAUUGAUUUGUUUAUAAUAGUAAAAGACUUUGUUAAUGCAGCUUUUUGUUAUUGAACUUGUGAUCAAGCUGUGUUUAUUUUGUUGUGUUGAGAUUGGGUGCUCCCACUUGAACUAGUAAAAAGUAAUGAAUGUUAAGACAUGCAUUGUUUGAGUUGCUUGGUAUUGUUAUUGAAUUGCCUUAUCCUCUCCCUGAUUGAUUUACUGUAAAUCAUGUCAGCAAAACACUUUUGAGACUGACAUUAAGUUGCCCUUCAAUUGUCUCUCAUUUCUUCUGAGGCAAGGCCCAUGUGGAUGUUGUGGUUGGUGAUGAUGGACUUUUAGAUAUCACAAUAAUAUACCUUGAUGCCUUUUUGUUGUCUUCCAUUUGGGAGAUGUACAUUGUGUAUAUUAAACUGCAUUUAUAUAUAAACUAAAUAAAAUGUCAGUAAUUACAA